AUGACGAUCACCUACAGCUGCAUUGCUAAUGGCCGAUCUAUCCUGGCGGAACUGGCCCUAACCGGCGGCUCCUAUAAGGAAUCAACAGCAAUAGUGCUUAGACAAGUGCUCCUUAAAGCUGAACAAAAGAGCACCAUUCAAAUGGGAAGCUUUGUCUACCAUACUCUCUUAAUUGAUGGAAUCACUUACCUAUGUGCUACAGAUAAUGCCUUGGAUACUGUAACACCAUCUGCAUUUCUUAAAAAUGUUAGUGACGCAUUUGUGAGAAACCCUUUACUCUCACAAGAUUAUUUUCCUACUUCAAAUGCAAUUGAGGUAGAUUUUCAGCAAGUACUAGGGAAAUAUAUGGUGAAAUACAAUAACAAUGAGGAUGACGGCUCAAUACUCACUCUGAAGAGUCAAAUAUCAGAUGUAAAAAGCAUUAUGACUAAAAAUAUUGAUAAAGUUUUGCAAAGUGAAGAAAAAUUGAAUAGUCUCUCUAAUCAAAUGGAUGAGACUGAAGUAACGGCCAAAACAUCUCAGAAAACGAAGCUUCUUAAGAGGAUAUUGUGGAAACAUUUUCAAAAGAUGACAGUCAUCACUCUGGCAAUUUUCCUUUUAAUCAUUAUUCUUUUAAGUACAAAUAUAAUCCCAAUCUGA